AUGUCUAUCCCGAGCCUUAAAUCGCGUGAUUUCGAAAUACCCUGCUUAGGAUUUGGAACUUAUAAGCUUGCGGCUGAAGAUGUUGUUCCAGCACUCUCUGCUGCCCUAGAGGUUGGAUAUCGUCAUAUUGACUGCGCUCACUUGUAUCUCAAUGAAGAAGAAAUCGGAAAUGCUUUGCAGUGUUGGAUAAAAAGUGGAAAACUAAAGAGAGAAGAUUUAUUCAUCACAUCAAAACUUUGGAAUACAUACCACAGACCCGACUUGGUCAAAGGAGCUUGUCUUAAAAGUAUGGAGAGAUUAAAAGUGUCUUAUCUCGAUCUUUAUCUCAUUCAUUGGCCAGUUGCUUAUAAGUCUGGUGAUGAUCUCCUCCCAGUUUGUGAAAAUGGCAAAACCUUAUUCGAUAAAGGAGACAUUGUUGCUACCUGGAAAGCUAUGGAAGAGCUAGUAAAAGAGGGCUUGGUUCGCCAUAUUGGACUUUCUAAUUUUAAUGAAGCUCAAAUUCAACGCAUUUUUGAUGAAGCCACAAUCAAACCCGUUGUGUUGCAAAUUGAAAGCAAUCCACACUUUCCUAAUCAUAAUUUAAUUAAUUUUGCAAAGAAUCACGGUAUCAUUUCAACUGCGUAUGCUCCCCUUGGUUCGCCAUAUCGUGAUAUAAAGGAUAGACCUUACAAAUUGAUCGAGGAGCCAAUAAUUGUGAAAAUUGCCAAGAAGUAUGGCAAAACACCUGCUCAAGUUAUUAUUCGUCAUGGUAUCCAACGCGGUGUUUGUGUUAUCCCCAAAAGUCGUACACCGGAAAGAAUUAGAGAGAAUUUCCAGAUCUUUGAUUUUGAAUUAACUGAGGAUGAAAUGAAGGAAAUAGGAGAUCUUGGGAUCUAUGAAAGGCAAAUUCGUGGGGAUCCGUAA